UGUAAAAACCUAAAUAAUCAAAGAUAGCCAUGUCGGACUUAAUUUUAAUAAUAUUGCUCUGCUCGUUCUUGGCCAUCGGUCAUUGUCAGUACAUGGAAUCGCCAAAUAUGUCAUGUGAAAUUCCUAAGACUUCCAGAAAAUCAAGAUGCGGAACGAGUGACCCAUGCUGGUGUUACUAUUCAUCUAUAUUAACUGUAGAUUGUUCUGGCUCGAAUCUUGAAAAAGUUCCGCACGGAUUACCAACAGAGACUGUUAUAUUAAUUUUGCGGAACAAUUCAAUAAAUACCACUGAGAAGGGCUCGUUCGCUCGUUUCACCAAUCUAACUUGCUUAGAUUUAUCAUCGAACAAGAUUGGGACAAUAAAGACUGGUUCCUUUAUGAACAGUUUGUUUCUACGAACACUCCUUUUAAGUGAAAACAAUAUCACGUAUUUUGGCAAAGGCGUUCUUUCAACCCACAAUUACUUAGAAACACUGGAUGUUAGAAGGAAUUUAAGGAAAGCUAAAACGAGUUAUCCAUGUAAAAUCCAACAAGAGACACAAAAGGCUACAAAUCUACAAGAGUUGUCAAUAGAUGGAUCUCCAUGUACCGCGAACCUCAGCUUUUCACACCUUACAUCGCUUAUUCUUGGAGGAGACGAAACAUUGUGUGAUAUAAACACUAUUCUAUCAAGUAUGUUCACUCAGCUACCAAGUCUCCGCAAACUGCAGCUACGCAAUUGUCAAAUCCAAAGGGUCGAGAAUGGUAGUUUCUCUAAUCUGAAAAAUUUACGCUUUCUUGAUUUGUCCUCAAACCCUUAUCUUACGUUUUCAGCGAUGCCAAAUUUCACAUUUGGAUUGAUUCCCACCAACAUAAGUUUUCUGAAUAUCUCAAACUUGCACACAACCUUUGGUGACUGCACCAUAUUAACGGCAUCAGAUCUUGAAUACCUUUCAAAAACAAGCAUCGAACAUUUGUACCUCGAUUCCAAUCGAAUCAACAACAUGGAAAUAGAGGCAGUUCGGUUUAUUCCAAAGCAGUUGAAGACGUUAUCGGUGGUUGACAACAAAUUAGCUCUGGGACAUUACGUGGUUCAGAUUUUCGCCAAUAUUGUUACUAAAGAACUAUUUUCUGAUUUGGAAACAAUUUGGUUUUCGCAUCAGCACAAAGACCAUCGAUUUAGACAUUUUUAUUUAGUGAACGACGUGUUUCAACGUAAACUGUCCCACAAUGCAAACAUCACAAAUAGGGCAAUGUUAUAUUCGGACCCAAAGCGAUCUUCAAGAACACGAUAUUUGCGCUCGAUGACGGAUAACAAUGCUAGAAAACUGAAGAAUGAAUCCUUUAAAGACGACCUAUUGGACGAUUUUACUUCAUCUAUUGAUUUCCAGAUCAGGAAUGGUCUAUGCGAUAAUUGUCGAAAUGUUUCAAAUUCAAUCCCAAGGAUACCUCUUCCGGCGGCCGUGCGACAUGUGGAUGCAAAAGAUCUUAAAGUACGUACUACAAUACGCAGCUCCUGUUUUUGUCAGCCAAAUAAUAUCCAGACCGUUAAUCUUUCUACCAACGUUUUACAUACUUGGAACGGACCAAUACUAGGUCUAGAUAAACUGAAAGAAUUGCAUUUGGACGAUAACUCUUGUUUUGAAAUUGCCCAAAAUGCAUUUCACAACAUGGCCAAUCUAGAAAUUCUGAACAUGGCUCAGAAUUAUUUGGGGUAUGUUUUUAAAAAUGACAAUGAGGGUAUCUUAUUAAGUAGGCUUAAAAAAUUAAAGUACUUGGAUCUUUCUUCAAACAAGAUCAAACAACUUCCAACGGGAGUGUUUAUUGGACUUGUGGGUCUUCAACAGUUGCUUUUGCGAGACAACAUUCUCGAAAGCGUCUCAUUUGAAGCCAACCAUAUGCAACAUCUUAAAUUUAUUGACCUAACUUUGAAUAUGAUCAAAACAAUAAGUCCUGACACCCUUACGCUUUUUACAAAAGUGAUUGUCGGUAACAAUUUUUCUAUUGCAUUGAAAAACAACAACUUCUGUUGUACUUGCAAAUAUGUUUAUUUGGUAAAAUGGUUCUCUGAGACCAAGGUCACAGCUUUUCAGGAACUGAACCAGUACAAAUGCACAUUCGAUAAUGGGUCGAAAGGAUAUCUUUCUAAUGCACACCAAAUAUACAAAACACUAAACAAACAAUGUGCCAAUUACCUGCCCUUGAUUGUCUCCACGAGUAUUUCGCUCUUCAUCAUACUCGUCAUCAUUACAUGCAGCUUCGUUUACAGAUAUAGAUGGGACUUACGGUACAUGUACUAUUCGGCAAAAUACCGUUUCAAGGGCGAUGUUCCAGUUAACCAUGAAUACGGUGACUACGAGUUUGACGCAUUUGUGUCCUAUGCCGAGAAAGAUGCCGUCUUUGUCCGCCAGAGGCUUGUUCCCGAGUUAGAAUCAAUUCGGAGCUUACGUCUGUCGGUCCACGACAGGGAUUUUUUGGCCGGAAAUAUGAUAAAUGAAAAUAUUAUCCACGCAAUAACCAGUAGCCGAAAAACCCUCAUUAUCAUGUCACCAAACUUUCUGGCCAGCAGUUGGUGCGUGUACGAAAUGAAUAUGGCUCGCAUGGAAACCAUUAAAACCGGAAGGGACGUUCUGUGCGUGGUACUCAAAGAGAAUGUGCAAACGAAUGGACUUCCCUUGGAAAUUUUGGACGUGUUCCGCGAAAGGACCUACUUGGAACUUCCGGUCGAAGAAGGUGACUUGGAGGAUCAAUUUUGGGACAGGCUAGCAGACGCUGUUUGCCAAUAG